ACACUCUAAGUGGGAAGUGUGGGGUUUCCUUUUUUUUUUUCAAACUCCUUUUGGAACAAACACUCAUUGGGAUCUGACUGACGUUGCCUUUCUCUCUUUUUUUUUUAAAGUAUAUUUAAACUCACACACUUUUUAUAAUGAGGAUUUCAGUGUAGGGUUUUCUGCAGGAUACCAUUUGGUCCUACUAAGAACUGACUGUUCAAAUGUUGGAACAUUUGAUCAGAAAAUACUUCUUAGUCUUUUUAAAGAUAGGCUACCAGUGAUUAGAAGAACUGACUCCUUCUAAGACUCAUCAGAUCAUUUCCUGUAAAAACUGUAUCUUUCUAAUUGUGAAAAAGAACCAGACCUCUUGGCAACCACCUUCAUCAGACCUGGGAGUUUGAAAGAAGCAGCUGCUGAACCUCAGUUUUUCCUUGAACAAGAAAAAUGGGUUGCAAUAGAAACUGUGGGCUCAUUGCUGGUGCUGUCAUUGGUGCAGUCCUGGCUGUGUUUGGAGGGAUUCUAAUGCCAGUUGGAGACAUGCUCAUUGAGAAGACAAUUAAAAAGGAAGUUGUCCUUGAAGAUGGCACAAUUGCUUUUAAAAACUGGGUUAAAACAGGCACAGAUGUUUACAGACAGUUUUGGAUAUUUGAUGUGCAGAAUCCAGACGAAGUGGCACUUAAUAGCAGCAAAAUUAAAGUUAAGCAAAGAGGUCCUUACACGUACAGAGUUCGUUAUCUAGCCAAGGAAAAUAUAACCCAGGACCCUGAGACCCACACGGUCUCUUUCCUGCAGCCCAACGGCGCCAUCUUUGAACCCUCGCUAUCAGUUGGAACUGAGAAUGACACGUUCACCAUUCUCAACCUGGCUGUAGCAGCUGCACCACAUCUCUAUCCAAAUUCAUUUGUUCAAGGAAUACUCAAUUCACUUAUCAAAAGGUCCAAAUCUUCCAUGUUUCAAAACAGAACUUUGAAAGAACUAUUGUGGGGCUAUACGGAUCCAUUCUUGAAUUUGGUUCCAUAUCCUGUUACCACUACAGUUGGUGUGUUUUAUCCUUACAAUAAUACUGCGGAUGGAAUUUACAAAGUUUUCAAUGGAAAGGACGAUAUAAGCAAAGUCGCCAUAAUUGACACAUACAAAGGCAGAAAGAAUCUCUCCUAUUGGUCAAGUUAUUGUGACCUGAUUAAUGGUACAGAUGCAGCCUCAUUUCCACCUUUCGUUGAGAAGACAAGGACAUUGCAAUUUUUCUCCUCUGAUAUUUGCAGGUCUAUCUAUGCUGUGUUCGGAGCUGAAAUGAAUCUGAAAGGAAUCCCUGUGUACAGAUUUGUUCUUCCAGCCUUGGCUUUUGCAUCUCCGCUUCAAAAUCCAGACAACCACUGUUUCUGCACAGAAAAAAUCAUCUCAAAAAAUUGUACCUUAUAUGGUGUGCUAGACAUUAGCAAAUGCAAAGAAGGAAAACCUGUGUACAUUUCACUUCCUCAUUUUCUACACGGAAGUCCUGAACUUGCAGAACCUAUUGAAGGCUUAAGUCCAAAUGAAGAAGAACACAGCACGUACUUAGAUGUUGAACCUAUAACUGGAUUUACUUUACGAUUUGCAAAACGGCUGCAGAUCAACAUACUGGUCAAGCCAGCAAGAAGAAUUGAUGCAUUAAAGAAUCUGAAGCACAACUAUAUUGUCCCUAUUCUUUGGCUUAAUGAGACUGGUACCAUUGGUGAUGAGAAGGCGGAAAUGUUCAGAAAGCAAGUGACGGGGAAAAUAAACCUCCUUGGCCUGGUGGAAAUGGUCUUGCUCAGUGUUGGUGUGGUGAUGUUUAUUGCUUUUAUGAUUUCAUACUGUGCAUGCAGAUCAAAGAGAGUAAAUUAAGGAGCAAAAGAGUCUCUACAUUUAUGCACCAGCUAUGUCAGGAUCUUUCUUAUUAUCACCUUACAAAAGUCAAGAUUUUCAUGCUUUAUUUUUGCAAAACACACCUUAUCUUACAGUUCAAGAACUGGUGACACUCCCUCCCACCUGCCACCCAUAAGCAGCAGCACAUUUCAAAAGGAUUAUUAAGACAUCAUUAAAAUCCACACUUCGAACAAAAAACCAGCACUUAAAAAAAUUCAACAUAUUCACAAUGGAAUGGACUUCAGUUUCUACAGAUGUGGCUUGAGCGUGACCCACUUAUUUUCACUUGGUACUGAUUCACCGAUUUAUUCCCAAUGCUAAAUUCAGCAGCGAGAUGGUCAUUCUACACAAAUCCUGGACCCUGAACUAGCCUUCCUCAUCAAAAGGAAAACAUCACUAUCCUCAUCAGUGUCCCUGCAAAACACAGACCCAGUACUAUCAGUACAUUGCCUCUGAAGAGCAAAUAUUUUGAAAGAUAUUUGAAAACAUAAACUAAAUGACUGGCCUAUGAGCCAUUUAUUAUACAUCUCUCAAGUUUUUUUCUCUAUGGAAUCCUUUGUACAGCAUCAGCAAGGCACUAUAACCAUGGUAUUUAUAACAAUAUGUGCUUGUAUUUUUGUCAAUGGUUAUGCAUUUGGACGUGUUUGAGAACUUUGCUAGCUUCCAUGUUCUACAGCUCUUCUGGAAAUCUGAGCAAAUUUUCAUCUUUCUACUCAGUUGCAUACAACUUAUGCUUGGCACCUUCAGAAUUCUGUGCUAGUACUGAGAGAUGUAAAUGAUAAUACAGAAAUUAUUGUGUGGAAGAUUACUAGCUGUAGAAUGUGCAUUCAUAGUUAUUUGUUGUAAAAUUUCUUGCUUUCAUUGUCACCAGAAAGACUGGUUCUGAACAUUAAAAGACGUUCCUUAAAAUCUUGUACUUUGUCUAGUUCCUGAUGUGUCACAAAACAUUUACUCUAGUUUUCUAUCUGAAUUUUUGUUUCUGUAUCAAUCUAAUAUGUCCUUUUGAAAUACUAUUUCUAAAUUCAAUCUUUACAACUUUUUCCUUAACCAAUUUUUGAGCCAGUUGGGGGAUAAGGAAAUAAAAAGAUAGUUGGUCAUGCUUUAAAGGUGCAGAACUUAAAUUCUAGAUUAUGAAAGACCUUUCCUUUUUACCAGAAGAUGUAUUGCUAGGUAGUCCUGCUAUCUUAAGGCGAAGUUCACUUAUGGUAGAGACCACAAGUCCUCCUAAAAAGGCUCCCCAUAGAAGGGGACGAUGGACCACAUUCUGCCUUGUGUUUUAUAGGAUAAAUUAUUAGUAACUGGUUUGUUUAGACACUAAAAUCAGGAAUAAUCUUGUCAUGUCAGUUGCCAGGGUAAAUAAAUACCAAAAACUGCAAACUGAGAUAACACCAGUUUAGAAGGAUCUUUGGAAAAAUCUUGAAGAUAUUCAAAACAUACUGAUGCAAUAUCCUUUCAUUUCCUGGGAAUAGAAAAAGUAUCCUCCUAAAAUAUGGGGAUGUGUUAGAGAAAUUAAAAUGAACAAAGUGUAGUUCAUGCUUCAGGAGCAGGAGAGCAGGUUUCUGACCUGCCUGGACACUGAAUGGACAAUGAAUUCCGUGCCUGCCUGUAAGCCCCGCUAGUCAGACAGUAUUUUAUAUGAGAAAGAGAAUGGAUCUUGGAAUCUACUAAACCCCUGAAGGCCUUACGAGCCCCCUAGGGGUUCUAAGAAAUAUUGAUGAGUCACGAGGUGAAACAAACAGCAUUGUAUAAGUUAAAAACCAAAACUGCAAUUUUGCAAGCAAACUGAUGAUGCUAUCAGUUUGUGUGCAGCAGCCUGGCAUUAUAAAUGGGAGACCCCAAAACUUCAAUCUGAAGUCUCGCCCAUGGGGUGGAUGUACUUUCCAGGACCCUUUCCCUGUUGGGGCUCCAGAUUGAGGAGGGACUUCUCAGUGCUGCUCAAGUCUGGAUAUAGAUAGGCCCAAUCUGGUGAUGUGUAAACUGUGACUACUUCAUUGCUUGUAUUUCUUUUUUUUUUAAUGACUGCAUAUUGAAAUUAACUCAAAUAAUUAUCCAUAAAAAUUGAAACUGU